AUGCGCAACCUGAGAAAUGUGCGCCUCGUCGAGACGCAGAUUGAAGGCGACCUUCCUCUGACUGCCACGACAUGGGACACUGCGUCAGACUCAGUGGUGUGCACCUUUGGUCCCGCUGAGAACAACCCAAUCAUAGAAGUGCGGCGGAAGCGCCCCGAGGUCAUUGCAACUGACCCUCUCUCGCCUGAAGCACUGGAAUGUAUUGCAUCCUGGGAUGCACCAUGUCCUCUCCCAGAUCUGGCGUGUGAUCAUGUGCUUUCUCUGCACUUUUUCGCCGACAGCUUGACUACCUGUCUGGUUUUGGAAGGCGGAGAUAUCGUCGUCGUUCGCGAAGAGCCUCUCCCCAACGAGGACAAAAUUGAGAUUGUCGGCUCAGUGGACGUGGGAAUCACCGCUGCAGCAUGGUCUCCUGAUGAGGAGAUGUUGGUCCUUACUACCAGAGCCCAGACAUUCUUGUACAUGACCAGAGACUUCGAGAAUGUGGCCGAUGUCACUCUCACCCCCAAAGACAUGCAAAGUUCGCAGCAUGUGUCCGUUGGAUGGGGUAAGAAAGAGACACAGUUCCACGGAAAGCGAGCCAAGGCUCUUCGAGACCCGACUGUGCCAGAGAAGAUUGAUCAAGGAAUCUUGAGCAGCAACGACAAUGGCAACACUACCAUCAGCUGGCGUGGAGACGGUGCCUAUGUUGCAGUGAGCACUGUUGAAGCUGGGGCUCGUCGUGUGAUCAGAGUAUACUCCAGAGAGGGUACCCUAGACAGCGUGAGUGAGCCUGUCGAUGGGCUGGAAGGUGCCUUGAGUUGGCGUCCCUCUGGAAGUCUCAUUGCAGGAAUUCAACGACUCGAGAACCGAGUUGAUGUUGUAUUCUUUGAGCGGAAUGGACUUCGCCAUGGCGAGUUCUCCCUCCGCCUGACUGAGGCUGAGAUGAACUCUUGGGCUUCUAGCAUCGACCUUGCUUGGAACGUGGAUUCGACUGUACUUGCUGUGAAGUUCCAGGAUCGUGUGCAGUUCUGGACAACAGGCAACUACCAUUGGUAUUUGAAACAAGAAAUUCCCAUUUCAAUUGACUCGAGCUCUCCUCUCUCUUACUCCCUCGAAUGGCACCAAGAGAAGGCAUUGCGCUUAGUCGCCGGCUCCCCAGGUUCGAUAAUGGAUUUGGAGUACGUUUUUGAUAUUACUCAUGGAUCUACCUCCAUUCCAGACGAUGUUGGCGCUACUGCGGUCAUUGAUGGAAAGAACCUCAAAUUGACCCCACUGCGUCUCGCCGGUGUUCCCCCUCCCAUGGCACACAAUGAACUUGCCUUGGAUUCCAAUGCCAUCGAUGUUGCAUUUAGCAAAUCGGGUACUCGAAUUGCUGUGCUCAUGAACAACAGAUUCUCCAUCUAUCUCUGGUCUCUGAAAACCCGACCAGUUCCAAUUCCGAUCCUUGAGUCGAGCUACCCCUUAUCUGAUGCCAUAGCAAGUCGUCCUCGCCAAAUUGCGUUUUUGGAUGAGAAUGAGGUAUAUGUUCUCAAGGAUGACGGGCCAAACUCCAGUCAUAUCGAGCGUACUCAUUUGGAGACUCGGGUCACAGAGUUAGCAUAUCAAUCCGCAGAUUCUGAACAAUUGGCGUCAAUAUUCGCCGGCAUUGGGCACCAAGCUUUGUGGCUUUCACACACCCUUCAGCCAUCUCGCCCUGCGACCUAUUCGAGCAUAGAACCUUCACUGGAGGGCGUCAGUGUCGCUCCCUGGGCGGAAAGCCCCAAUGUUGACACUCGUUGGGCUCGGGCCGUCUCUAUCUCUGAUGAGGAGCGCAUUUUGAUCACUAUGACGAGAACGGGUGGCUUGUACGCAAACAAGAGAGUUCUUGCGCGCAAUUGCACAUCUUUCCUGGUGACUCCAUCUCAUCUCCUGUUCACAACUUCUCAACACCUACUGAAGUUUGUUCAUCUCAAUCACGUGGAUGAGAUGGAGGUCCCUGAUGACACUCCUGAGACCGAUGAACGCUGCAGAAGCAUUGAGCGUGGCUCCAAGCUUGUUUCCGUCAUACCCUCAGUCUUUGCGGUGGUUCUCCAAGCUCCCCGGGGAAAUAUUGAGACUAUCUAUCCCCGUGCGCUGGUCCUGGCUGGAAUUCGUACAUUCAUCGACCAAAAGAAAUACCGAUCUGCAUUCCUUGCAUGCCGCAGCCAGAUGGUUGACCUUAAUAUCCUUCAUGAUUAUGCCCCCGAGCAGUUCAUGGAGAACAUCGGUUUGUUCGUCGACCAAGUGAAAAAGAUUGACUAUAUUGACGACUUCAUUUCACGCCUGUCUGAGGAUGAUGUCUCCCAAACGCUAUACAAAGAUACACUCAAAAUCUCUCAAACUGUAUCCGCGGCCGUAGCGCAGCCAGACGGCCAAGCCGCCGCUCCGGCAUUGAAUUUGGGCAAGAAAGAAAGCAAGAUCAACAAGAUCUGCGAUGCUUUCUUGGUGACUCUUCAGCCACGCAUUGAUACUAACUUGCAGAAUCUGAUCACGGCCCAUGUCUGCAAGUCUCCCCCCGACAUGGAGGCCGGCCUUGCCCUCGCAGCAGGUCUGAGAACUCAAAAUCCCGAACAAGCUGAGGACGCCAUUGAGCACAUGUGUUUCUUGACGGAUGCACACAGACUCUACUCCCAUGCGUUGGGUGUGUAUGAUCUGGAGUUGACUCUACUCGUUGCUCAACAGGCUCAAAUGGAUCCUCGUGAAUACCUUCCAUUCCUGCGUAAACUGCAGCAGCUGCCUGAAGUUCGACGUCAAUUUGAAAUCGACAACCAUCUCACUCGCUUCACCAAGGCUUUGAAUCAUCUGUAUGCUCUCAAUGCUCAUGAUGAGAUUCGGGCAUAUGUCGUCAAGCACGUCUUGUACAAGGAGGCCCUAGAACUUUACAAGUACCAAAAUGAGCAACAACGGGAAGUCACAGAGCUUUAUGCAGACUAUCUCCAGGAUCAGUCCAAGUACAAGGACGCUGCGAUUGCUUACGAGUCUCUUGAACUCUACGAAAGCGCCUACAAGUGCUACAACCUAGCCCACAAGUGGCGCGAGUCGCUCUACUGUGCCAUGCUGGCAUCUCUUCCACAGGAGGAGCUUACUGACCACAUUGACGCCCUCAUCAAUACCCUUGUUGACGAGAACAAGGAUUACGUCUCAGCAGCAACCAUUUACGCUGAUCACCUGCAAGACUACAUCACCGCUGCACGCCUUCUUUGUCGUGGAUCCAAAUUCGCCGAUGCCGCUCGUCUUCUCACCCUGCACGGCAAGCAGAACAUGGUCACUGAGAUUGUCGACUCAGGUCUCGCAGAAGCUAUGGGUAACAUGACUGACCUGCUUGCGGACUGCAGAUCUCAGCUCAAUGCCCAAGUCCCACGAUUGCGCGAACUGCGUCAGCUUCGCGCAGCCGACCCACUCGCCUUCUACGGUGGAGAUCCUACCGGCGGCGAGGGCGGCGUCGACAUCCCAGACAACGUCUCACUUGCUCCCACAGACGCAUCUACUCUUGCUGGCCGCUCUAUGUUCACCCGCUACACCGGCAACACCGGUAAGACCGGCAAGACAGGAAUGAGCCGGCAUACUUCCAAGACCCGCCGUCGUGAAGAGCGCAAGCGGGCUCGGGGUAAGAAGGGCACCGUUUACGAAGAGGAGUAUCUGGUCAACAGUAUCCGCCGACUCAUCGAGCGAGUCAACUCGAGCAUCCCCGAGGCUGAGACUCUUGUCGAUGCGUUGCUGCGCCGCAACAUGCGUGAGCGGGCAGCUGCCAUUGAGAAAGCACUGCAGGAAGUCCUCACUAUGGGUGCUGAGUGCCGAGACGAAGUUUUCGAGGUUCCCCCUCCCAAACCGAAGAAUGAAGACGAGGAAGACGAGAAUGCUGAGGCCAUGCCAUCUGCUACUGGAGGAGCUAACGUCCUCGCGGAAAGCAUCGCUAUCGUUGAGGGAGGUGGGACUGCUCGUGUCAAGGAGGUCCCUGUCGUCAAGGAGAUGAGAAAGUCAUCUCUUAUUGCCUGA